CCACCUCCCACGCGCCGCGCCUGCCUCGCCCUGCACCGUCGCCAUGUCGCACGCUCAGUCCGCCGCCGGCUCCUCGGCUGCCGGCGCUGCUGGCGGCGCAGGCGUGCACAUCGCGACGCGCGAGGACAUGGCGGCCAUCCGCCUGCUCGUGCAGCGCGUCGUGCGCCAGUUCUACGAGGACCGGCACAUCAUCGUCAUCGACCGCAUGGUGCGCUUCCAGGUCGUGCCGGCAGAUGCGCUGGCAGGGCUGCUCGGCACCAACAUCAAGGAGGCCAGCGCCAUGUGCAGCAAGCUGCUCGAGGACCGCAUCCUCUGCGCACACCGUCGUAACGAGAUGAAGGAGGGCGUCAGUGGCCGCAUGUUCCCACGCUCGUACUACUACAUCGACUACGCCUCGCUGCUCAACGUGCUCAAGUGGCGCCUGCUGCACAUGCGGCGCACCAUCGAGGGUGCGCUGCGUGCCGAGCUCGACACGCGUGGCUUCGUCUGCCCGCGCUGUGCCAAGCGCUUCGCGACGCUCGAUGUGGCGCACCUGCUCGACCCCACCGGCAUGGCGCUCAUCUGCGACACGCCGGGCUGUGGCGCCGAGCUGGAAGACAAUGAGGAUGCGGAGGACGUGCGGCGGGGCCGCGACCGCAUGCGCCGCUUCAACGAGCAGUGCGGCGGCAUUCUGCAGGCGCUGAAGGACGUGGACGACAUCGUCUUGCCGCCCACGGAUGUGACGGCGUGGAUCGAAGAGCAUGGCGCUACGUGGAAGAGCGAGGCUGCGGCGCGGCCCACGUCGUCUGCCCUGCCCUCUUCCGACAUCGCGAUUGCGACGGGCGGCGCGAUGCCCAUCCCAGCCUUGCAGGUCGACCUCUCUUCGGCAGAUCCGGCCGUCGAGGCAGCACGGCGGGCCAAGGAGCGCGCCGACGCCGAAGCCAAGCGUGCGCAGAACGCCUUGCCCGAGUGGCUGCAGAAGAGCACAGUCAGCGGCGAGUCGACCGGCCUCGGGCGCAGCAGUCUACGAGAGCAGCAGCUGGCCGAAGCCGAUGCAGAAGAGACGGCCAAGGCAGAGCAGCAGACCGCGGCAGAUUACUACGCGCAGUAUGCGUCGCUGCAGAACGGAGCUGAGGAUGAGGAUGACGAGGAGGAGUUCGAGGAGGUCGCUGUGCCCAGCACAAAGCGGCCGCGAGAAGAUGGCGACACUGAGCAGCAGGCAAACGGCAAGAAGGCGCGCACCACACCGCCAGCGGCUGCAGCACCGCCUGCUGACGACGAUGAUGAGGACGAGGAGGACAUGUACGAGGUCUUCUAAUGGCAGAGCAUGCA